AUGGAGCAACAAUCCAUCCUUUCAUUCUUGACUAAAUCAAGAGCUCCCCAACGCUCCCCACGACCACAAAACUCACGCUCAGGUCAUCCUUAUCAAGACAACUCCAACUCAGACUCCCACAAAAAAAACCAUUCCAAAGGCAAAAAGCACUACAACAGUAAAUACCGCGGUCCUAAUCACCGACGCAACAUAGAUCUCGCAAAGGUCGCAGACGAAACCAAGGCCGUCCUCCCAGACAUCCUAGCAGACAUUCCCAACUUCGACGCCACCAAAUCUUCCCUUACCAAGCUCGAAGACACAGACGCUCUCUCUCCCACCGACUGUCCCGGUUUCAAGUCCAAAGCAAGCAUAAAAGUCCUAGACAUGGAUUCCUUCGACGCAGCCCUGCAACUAGAUCCAACUUAUACCGUCCAAAAGCACUUGACUUCCUCACCACCAACCCCCCAAGCACCCGCCUCCACCUCCGUCCUCGUCCUCAACCUAGCCUCUGAGCGCUCCCCGGGUGGCGGCUGGCAAAAAGGCGCCCUAGCCCAAGAAGAAUGCCUCUGCUACCGCUCCUCGCUCUCGCUCUCCCUCCCCCGCUCUUUCUACCCUCUCCCCACCCUCUCUGCAAUCUACACCCCAAACGUCGUCCUCUUCCGCAAUUCCAUGCCAAACGGACACGCCCUUUUCCCCACUGUGCAGCUGCAAGAUGCGUCGAGUCUACCGGCGGUAUCGGUUGUUAGUGCUGCUGCGCUGCGGAAGCCCGCGUUAUCGGACGACAAAGCGACUUUUAAGCAUUUGGGUGCUAGGGCGGCUACGAAGAGGAAGAUUAGACUUGUACUCCGCACAGCGGCCCGGAAUGGACAUAGUAGGCUGGUGCUGGGAGCGCUGGGCUGCGGUGUUUUUGCUAACCCGGCUGAAGACGUGGCAAAGUGUUUUGCGGAGGUGUUUGAUGAGGUUGAGUUUCAGGGUGGGUGGUGGGAAGAGGUUGUGUUUGCUGUAUUGGACAAUGUUAGUAGUGCAAGUGGGGAGGGGGGCCAAACUGGGAAUGGUAAUUUUGGCAUGUUCUAUCGUGGGCUACAUGGGAAGGUGGUUUGA